GGCACUGACCCACUCGCGUGUCCCAGCGCGGACGCCCGAGGCCCGCGAAGCCAUGGGCGCCCCGACCCUGGAGACGCCGCCCCGCCGCAGGAAGAGAAGUUAGACACCGUAGAAGCCUAAUGGACCCCAGCUCCCCAGCAGACGGUAACAAAAAAUAAUCCAGAUGGGGUGCAGGUGCUGUAAGAUGAUACACAGCUAUCUUUUCGACCCGGUUCAAGUGCCCUCCCCUGGCUUUGUCAACGAAGUAAACAGCUGCAAGUUGGAGGAGGAGGACACUGUCAGACUAAAAGGCACCCAGAACAGCGAGUUUGAGGGGCCCAGGGACGCGCUGCAUGCUGGGAGCCUGAGCAAGCCAGAGAACAGAGAUAAUAUAUCUGGUCUACCUCACCAAGGAGCACUCCCUCAGGAGGACUCAGAAGAGAGACGCUGUGCAGAGAAGCAGGGUAUUGUCAAUGGCAUCAGCCCCACUGCCAGUCUGCACUUGGUCAGGCCCCACCAAGGUGACGGUGGCUCCUGGGCCAGCAGCCCCUGGGCAGGCUCUAUAGACAGUGCUCACCCAGCUCAACCCUUCCUCGAAGGGGAGGACUGCAGGAAGCAAAGCCACACAGCGCCCACCUCGGAAGAGACCCAGACGGUGGGACACGGAGACUGCAGAGCCCCUGCUGAGGUCCUGGCGGUGGCUGACCACAUCCUACACAUACCAGCCCCGGAUUACCCCCAGCUCUGGAGCCCCACGGUAGACAGUGGAGACCCUGAAGAAAAGGAUUAUCUUUUUGAGAACCACUCUGAGGUGGAGCCCCUGCCGGCAAUUCACCCCAGCGUGAGUGAGCAGGGUUUGAACCUGCCCUUCUCCCUGAAGAGAAGCUGGGACUCACUGAAUGAGGCAGGGCCAACAGAGGUUCUGAAUGUCUGCUUUAAAGAAGAGGGUCCCGCUCACCCUCCGUCAGUGGUGGAUUCUAGAAGUGAGCAGGAAGUCCCCCACACCUACAAUGGGGACAGGGACAGGGUUAUGGUAGAUGAGGACGCUGAGGUGGCUGAAGCCCUUGCAGCACUAGAAGCUGCAACUGCGGGAGAAGAUGCGGACGAGGCAGAUUAGGGGAGGGGCUAGGUGAAGGGCCCCAAUAAGGUGAGAGAAGCAUUUAGACAUGGGGCUAAACCACUCUGCGGGUAUCCCCAGGCGGCCUCACCAGCUGUGCCACUUGUUUACAUCUGUUCUCUCCCCGUUGCCAGUACCUGUGCCAGGCUGGCGACUGUCUACGGCACCCCUCUGUGAAGCUGGACUCUGACUCAGAAUGCUAGAAUCAGAGUUAAGUGUGGGCCGUCACGACCAUGUCCACAACAAAUGCAGAAGUUAGGCAGCUUGCUUGCUGGCCCUGGAAGCUCCCCUAGAACAUCUGUCCAGAUGUGCAUGAGAAUGCCCUGAUAUAUAUCCCCGCACCCAAUCCCAGGGGCACACAAACAUGGGCCGUGCUAUUUGAAUGUAUUUCUUUACCUUGUUUUUUUUUUUUUUGAGAGCCAAAUAUGUCACCCGACCUAGAUAGGGUAACUAUCCACUUAAAGUGCCUACUGUAUACCAGAGGUUAACUUCAGGAACAGGCACCCAGGGAACUACUCACUAACCACUUGUUGGACAUCAGGUUAAGCUCUGCAGCCUUCAGGGUGAACCGGAUGUGGCCAGUGAACAAAUGGUUAGUCCUUAGCUGUGCUAUGAAAACACCUUCACCUUAACUUUUUUUACACAAUUACUUUUUAACCUCUUCUAGGAUGCGGGGUCUGGCCAAAAUACUUCUUAAAAACAAGUGUCAUGUUUUAGUUUCAAGUUCAUGAGUGUUUUGGAACAGCAAAGUCAUUUAUGGAGGGGUUUGUGUCAUUAAAUGUCUGGUAAAAGCAUCA